GAUGGGAUUGGGAACGCGCCGAUGAUCUCCGCCUGGGAAAGUUGCCUCGACACCUGUAGGAGAAUAGUUUCACCACAAAAACGAGGAAAUUGAAGACUUCUAUUUACAUAAAAUGAAGAAAAUGCGCAGAUGAAGCGUUGCUUCGACAAAUGUUGCAUUGUUUUAUCAAAUUAAUUGUUUGUAUCGAUUGACUAAAGGUUGGUCGUCUUUUAGAAGCUUCCGCGUUGGAAUGGUGAAGAACAAAAUGGGAAAUAUUAUUUUGCUUGCGCUUCUGCUUGGUUUCCUGCCAACAGAGGUGUUUUCUAUCCAGGUGAUUGUUCCUCAGACAGAGAGGAGUACGGCUCUCUUUGCCUCGGUCAUCAUACGCUGUGACUACUCCACCUCUGCCAAUGCACAGGAGGUCCUGGUCACCUGGCGCUACAAGUCCUUCUGCAAGGACCCCGUGCUGGAAUUCUACUCCACAGCCUAUCAGGCUGCUCUGCAGCUGGGCCAGGACCCAGCCAAUGACUGUCCAGACCGCCAGCGCACCAUUCGCACAGUCAUCCAGAAGAAGGGAACCAAUGAGGCCACCCUGGGCUCUGAGUAUCGGGAGCGCAAGAUAUCCAUCCAAAACAAGGCCGACCUGGUUAUGAAUGAGGUGAUGUGGUGGGAUAACGGUGUGUACUUCUGCUCCAUCGACGCACCGGGAGACACUUCAGGAGACUCGGACCGCGAGGUCAAACUCAUUGUUUACCAUUGGCUGACGGUGCUGUUCAUCAUCAUCGGGGCUCUGCUGCUCAUCAUGCUGUUCUGUAUCUGCUGUUGUCAAUGCUGCCCCCAGAAGUGCUGCUGCUACAUCCGCUGUCCCUGCUGCCCACAGACCUGCUGCUGCCCUGAGAAAGUGGUGAUGCAGCACAGGAUGAUACGAGAGGCCCAGAAGGCCAUGGCCCCCUGGAUGCACGGCCAGCCUAUCUACGCCCCCAUCAGCAACCACUCCUCCCAGGGCAACCCAGUGAUGUACUCAGGCUCGUUCUCCGAUGGGUACCCUACCAAGCCCAACUUUGCCAUGGCCCCGAUGGGCCCCUCUCCCCUCCAGCUGCAGCCUCCCCCUAUCCCCCAACACCACAUGCCCCAACACCAAUACGGUAUCCACCACGGUAACGGCAGCAUGCAUGGCGGGAGCGCGCACGGCACCAACCAGAUGCUGGACUUCCUGGAAAGCCAGAUGAGGGGGGUUCACAGCCAGAUGCCCCCUCCGCCUCAUCAGCACUUGUCUCCCCACGCCCACCAGUACCAGCCCCAGGGAGGCCCCCAGGGGGUCCCCUUCACGGCCGGCCCCCCCAGCAUGCUGUCUGCCCUGGAUGAGAUGGGGAUGAGGGGGGUGGAGAGGAGAGUGAUCACCUUGCCCCCUAUCGUCCAGCGGGUACCCAGUUUCUCCUCUCGCAGGGGGACUGGAGGGGGAGGGGGGACCAGUGGCGCUCCAAGAAUAUCCAGCCAAUCCAGUGGCAGCACCAACCGCACUGGGGGUGGCGAGGGUGGGCGUUACAGUGACAACCGGCGUGACAAACACGACUCCACCCCUCCGCGGCAAGGCAUCCUGCGUAGCUACAGCGACGAGUCAGACUGGGACGACCGGAGGGGAGGGCCAAAGAGGGAGGGGCAAGGCUCGGCCGGGAGGAGGACGGGGGGGUCUGGGUCGGCGCCACGGUCCCGUAGUCGUGACGACAUGAUGGAGGAGCUGCGUCGGUCAGCCCUUGCCAGGCAAGAUAGGACCCACUCACCUCCUGCCCAUCGACAACGGUCCUGGAGCUCGGAUGAGGAAGACAGCAGGAGGGGAGGGAAAAGGGGAGGCAAGGGGAAGCUGUGGCCAGAGAAACCCCCCAGCUACUCCUCCAUCGAGAUCCAGCACGGCAACAGGAGGAACUACGACCGCUACUCAGAUAAGAGCUCUCGUAGUGGUACCAGUGUGGUGAUCUGAAACUUGUCUGUCUGUCUGCCUUUCUGUCUGUCUGUCUGCCUGAAACCUGCCUGCCUGUCUGUCUCUCCCUUUUCCUCAGUGUAAACUUAUGGUUUGUGUCUCGGUGUCCACUGUCUGUCUGUCUGUCUCCACUAACGGUCUCUGUCUGUCUGCCUUUGGACGAGAAGUGACACCAAAAGGAUUAUUAAGCGUAAUUGAGUCCAGAGACGCGAUAGUCCAGCAUCCCAUUGUGACAUAACUACGGGUCUCUGAGACCACUGCCCAAAUGAGCAUCUGCCCAAAAUUCCCAACCAACAUGCUUCUGUGUACGCAUCCUAUAUUAAUUUGAAUGUGUUGACAAUUGGAGAAAUUGCUUGAGCCACGCUGAGAAAAGUAUGAAAGCUAAUGUUCCAAUAUUCUAGAUCACGCAUACACAUUUUGGACUCUGAUAGACGCUAUAGAAUGUAUUGUAAUAUGGUGACUCAGGUGCCUUUAUACCUGUACAAGCGUAGAGGUUAAACAGUACUUAUGUAAUAUUGUGCUAUACUUUAUAUAGAAUGGGAUUGAAGGGCAAGGUGUAUAUGGAGGGAGGGCUUGAAUACCAGAAUCUUAAGGCACAUAUUUUACCUGUUGAAAUCCAUGUGAUUUUUGUAUUUUUAUUUUAGAAUACUUUUUUUUACACAUUUACCUAUGAGACAAUGUAAAACAUAGCACUAUCACAUCAAUUGUAAGAAAUAUAAUUAGUUUUUUUUUUUGUACAUUUCAUCAAGUGUGUAUCUGUUUUCUUAUUUUAAAUAGUUGUAUACAAUGUUUUGUUGUAGAUUCUGUAGUGUGUGACUGUUUCUUGUUCAGUUUUCCUCAAGUGCCUCUGUCUGUUUACAGUUGUAUGUUGUUUUUUUAGUCGGUGGUGGGAUAAAUUAUUCCAUUGGUCUUGUACUGGGGAUUUUGUACUUGGGAUUUAAAUGAAGUCAAGUGAAAUCAUCAUUCACCUUGCUUUGAGUGGCAUGUUCGAGAGUAUGGUGAGUCUUUGUUCUACAGUACCAGACAAAAGUUUGGACACACCUACUCAUUCCAGGGUUUUUCUUUAUUUUUACUAUUUUCUACAUCGUUGAAUAAUAGUGAAGACAUCCAAAACAAAUAUGGAAUCAUGUAGUAACCAAAAAAGUGUUAGAAGAAUCUCAAAUAUAUUUUGAUUUGUUUAAUUAAGUAGCCACCCUUUGCCUUGAUGACAGCUUUGCACACUGUGGCAUUCUCUCAACCAGCUUCACGAGGUAGUCACCUGGAAUGCAUUUCAAUUAACAGAUGUUCAUUUGUGGAAUUUCAUUCCUUAAUGUGUUUGAGCCAAUCAAUUUUGUUGUGACAAGGUAGGGUUGGUAUAUGACAGAUGGAGAUGCUUUAGUUAAACAAAGUGUCUGCAAAGUGUGUAGACAAUUGCGUUUAAAAAAAAGAACACUUUUAAAAAAUAAAAUAGUUUUAGAGAACUUUUAAAAUUAAAAAUAAAGUUAUCUUCACUGGUUCCUCAGAUGAUAUUAUAAACUAAUAAUACACUCAACAAAAAUAUAAACGCAAAAUGUAAAGUGUUGGUCCCAUGUUUCAUGAGCUGAAAUAAGAUCCCAGAAAUUUUCCAGACACACACAAAAUAUUCUUCUCAAAUUUUGGAGUGGUGGAAAAAGUACCCAAUUGUCAUACUUGAGUAAAAGUAAAGAUACCGUCAUAGAAAAUGACUCGAGUCACCAAGAAAAAUACUACUUGGCUAAAAGUCUAAACGUAUUUGUUUAUAAAUAUACGUUAGUAUCAAAAGUAAAAAUAUAAAUAAAUUCAAAUUGCUUAUAAUAAGAUCAGACGGCACGGUGUUCUUUUUUUAUGGAGAACCAGGGGCACACAACAACACGCAGACAUUUUCAAACAAAGUGUUUCGUGAGUCCUCCAGAUCAGAGGCCGUAGGGGUGACCAGGGAUGUUCUCUUUCCUGUCCUGCUAAGUAUUGAACAUGUAACAAGGACUUUUGGGUGUCAGGGAAAAUGUAUGGAGUAAAAGUAACAUUUUCUUUAGGAAUGUAGUAAAGUAAAACAUAAAAAGUCAAGUUCUGAUUGGCUAAUUGACAUCAUUUGAGUCAAUUGGAGGUGUACCUGUGGAUGUAUUUCGAGGUCUACCUUCAAACUCAGUGCCUCUUUUCUUGACAUCAUGGGAAAAUCAAAAGAAAUCAGCCAAAUUGUAGACCUCCACAAGUCUGGUUCAUCCUUGCAAGCUAUUUCCAAAUGCCUGAAGGUACCAUGUCCAUCUUUACAAACAAUAGUACACAAGUAUAAACACCAUGGGACCACACAGCAGUCAUACCGCUCAGGAAGGAGAUGUGUUCUGUCUCCUAGAGAUGAACAUACUUUGGUGCAUAAAUGCAAAUCAAUCCCAGAACAACAGCAAAGGACCUUGUGAAGAUGCUGGAGGAAACGGGUACAAAAGUAUCUAUUCACAGUUAAACGAGUCCGAUAUCGAGUCCUAUAUCGACAUAAACUGAAAGGCUGCUCAGCAAGGAAGAAGCCACUGUUCCAAAACUGCCAUAUGGAUUGUAACUGCACAUGGGGACAAAGAUCAUACUUUUUGGAGUUAUGUCCUCUGGUCUGAUGAAACAAAAACAUAACUCUUUGGCCAUAAUGACCAUCGUUAUGUUUGGAGGAAAAAGGAGGAGGCUUGCAAGAUGAUGAACACCAUCCCAACCAUGAAGCACAGGUGUGGCAGCAUCAUGUUGUGGGGGUGCUUUACUGCAGGAGGGACUGGUGCUCUUCACGAAAUAGAUGGCAUCAUGAAGGCAGGAAGAUUAUGGGGCUAUAAUGAAGCAAUAUCUCAAGACAUCAGUCAGGAAGUUCAAGCUUGGUCGCAAAUGGGUCUUCCAAAUGGACAAUGUCCCCAAGCAUACUUCCAAAGUUGUGGCAAAAUGGCUUAAAGACAACAAAGUCAAGGUAUUGGAGUGGCCGUCACAAAGCCCUAACCUCAAUCCUAUAGAAACUUUGUGGGCAGAACUGAAAAGAUGUGUGCGUGCAAGGAGGCCUACAAACCUGACUCAGUUACACCAGCUCUGUCAGGAGGAAUGGGCCAAAAUUCACCCAACUUAUUGUGGGAAGCUUGUGGAAGGCUACCUGAAACAUUUGACCCAAGUUAAACAAUUCAAAGGCAAUGCUACCAAAUACUAAUUGAGUGUAUGUAAACUUCUGACCCACUGGGAAUGUGAUGAAAGAAAUAAAAGCUUAAAUAAAUAAAUCUCUACUAUUAUUCUGAAAUUUCACAUUAUUAAAAUAAAGUGGUGAUCCUAACUGACCUAUAACAGAGAAUUUUGACUUGGAUUAAAUGUCAGGAAUUGUGAAAAUCUGAGUUUAAAUGUAUUUGGCUGAUGUGUAUGUAAAACUUCCGACUUCCAACUGUAAGUCUAAAAUAUAUUGAUGAGCUGUGACAGGACGGCUAAAUUGUAAUAGAUUUUUUAUUUGAACCUUUAUUUAACUAGGCAAGUUAUUUAAGAACAUAUUUUUUUUUACAAUGACAGCCUAGGAACAGUGGGUUAAGUGUCUUGUUCAGGGGCAGAACAACAGAUUUUUACCUUUGUCAGCUCGGGAUUAAGGUCUAUCAACCUUUCGGUUACUGGCCCAAUACUAACCGCAAGGCCACCUGCCACCCCUAGUAAAGAGUAGAUAGUAAAGGAUACAGUAUAUACAUAUGAGAUGAGCAAUGUGAUAUAUGUAAACAUUCUUAGUGGCGUUAUUAAAAUGACUUGUGUUCCAUUUUAUUAACGUGGCCAAUGAUAUCAAGUCUGUUGGGAGGCAGCUGCCUCACUGCUAGUGGUGGCUGUUUGAAAAACAGCUUUCUCAAGGCCAUCAGAUUGUUAAUCUCUGUCCCAGCUUUGAUGCAUCUGUACUGAACUCGCCUUCUGGAUGGAAGCAGGGUGAACAUGUAGCGGCUCGGGUGGUUAUUGACCGUGAUGAUCUUUUUGCCUUCCUGUGACAUCGGGUGUUGUAGGUGUCCUGGAGGGCAGAUAGUUUGCCCCUGGUGAUGUGUUGUGUAGACCGACCGUACCACCCUCUGGAGAGCCCUGAGGAUGUGGGCGGUGCAGUUGCCGUACCAGGCGGUGAUGCAGCCCGAAAGGAUGCUCUCGAUUGUGCAUCUAAAAGUUAGUGAGGGUUUUCGAGGACAAGCCACAUUUAUUUCAUCCUCCUGAGUUUGAAGAGGCGCUGUUGCGUCUUCUUCACCACACUGUCUGUGUGCGUGGACCGUUUCAGUUUCAGUUUGUCGGUGAUAUGUUCACUGAAAAAAAACAUAACUUUCCACCUUCUCAACUGCUGUUGUAUGUCCCCUCUGAGGUUGCCCUUAUCUUGAUCUAGUUUCUGACCUAAGAGGCUCACUGUCUUUUCUGAUCUUGUCCAGGAGGGGGUGUAUUUGAGAUGGGAGUAUCUAUAAUUGACAAUUGAUAUUGCCAUUGGAUGAGGUAUUGUUUUGGUCCUAAGUGGUACCAAGAACGAGAUAAGAACUUUGUUUAGGAGAACAAACUGAAUGAUAGUUUAUAGCUAAUGCUAUCUAGCUAUGGGAUACUCCUCUUUCAAGUAAAAGGUUCUUUGUGAACUGUUUCUAAGAUCUGUGUUUCGUCAUGUGAGUUGAGAUGGGUGUGUCUUGGCUAUAAAUUACACUAAGAACUGUUUUGUAAGCACUCUCAGAGAAUUCAUUUAUAGACACUGAAUUGAUCUGAGAGUCACAGGGCUAUGGUGAAGCUCAUAUGUAAUUAAAGAUGGACUUUAUAAUAUACUCUGACUUGUGUGUGUGUGUGGUUUGCUCUCUCAAUGUUUAAUAAUACAGGAAAUUACCACGACAAUGUAUGAAUAAAAUAUCACCAUUUAAUUCUUGAAAUAUAUAAUUUAUAAAUGCCUCAUGAGCUUAGUUCAACCUUCAUACUCUAUGAGAACCCAGAAUAUGCUCUUGUUUUUCUCCUAUGUUUGUAAACAUUGUAUACCCUCAUAAAAUGGUGAAA